ACCAUGGCUCCUUGGCCUGAGCUGGAAAAUGCCCAGCACAACCCCAAUAAAUACAUCGAAGGGGCCACCACGCCUGGGAAAGACAAGGAGACCAACAAAAAUGACACCAGGACUUCUGUAACCAACAUUGAACUUCUGCCAUCCCACUCCACCGUGGCACUGAUAGAGGAGUCCACAGAGGCGGAAGACCCCUGGGACCUGCCUGAGCUUAAGCACAAGGGGAUCAAGUGGUCAGAGAGAGACACCAAAGGGAAGAUUCUGUGUAUCUUCCAAGGGAUCGGGAAAUUCAUUCUGCUUCUGGGAUUCCUCUACUUGUUCGUGUGCUCCUUGGAUGUCCUCAGCAGUGCUUUCCAGCUGGUUGGAGGAAAAGUGGCCGGGCAGUUCUUCAGCAACAACUCGAUUAUGUCCAACCCUGUGGCAGGGCUGGUGAUCGGAGUGCUGGUGACCGUCAUGGUACAGAGCUCUAGCACCUCCACAUCCAUCAUCGUCAGCAUGGUGGCCUCAUCACUGCUGACUGUGCGGACUGCCAUCCCCAUUAUCAUGGGAGCCAACAUCGGGACCUCAAUCACCAACACCCUCGUGGCACUCAUGCAGGCAGGAGACCGGAAUGUGUUCAGAAGCAGGAAAAAUAGUGGUGUUACCACUGUGUUGUCUAAAGGAGUAAACACAGUCAUACAGGUCUUCUUCUGUCUUUCAGAUUUUCCCUUUCCCUUUGCCUGGCUGUCUGGCUACCUGGCCAUCUUCGUGGGGGCAGGCAUGACCUUCGUCGUGCAGAGCAGCUCGGUGUUCACGUCUACUCUGACCCCACUGAUCGGCCUUGGUGUGAUAAGCAUUGAGAGAGCGUAUCCACUCACGCUGGGUUCCAAUAUUGGCACCACCACCACCGCCAUUAUGGCCGCAUUAGCCAGUCCAGGCAAUACUCUGAAGAGCUCACUCCAGAUCGCCCUGUGCCACUUUUUCUUCAACAUCUCAGGCAUCCUUCUGUGGUACCCAAUCCCGUUCACCCGCCUGCCCAUCCGCCUGGCCAAGGGGCUGGGAAACAUCUCAGCUAAGUACCGCUGGUUUGCCAUCUUCUACCUGGUUGUCCUCUUCUUCCUGAUCCCACUGAUGGUGUUCGGCCUCUCGCUGGCUGGGUGGCCGGUGCUGGUGGGCGUGGGAACGCCCAUCCUUCUCGUGCUCCUUCUGGUGUUGUUCCUGAAGCUCCUGCAGUCCCGCUGCCCACACGUCCUGCCCACGAAGCUCCAGACCUGGAACUUCCUGCCCUUGUGGAUGCACUCGCUGAAGUUUUGGGACCAACUGAUCUCCCUGUACAACGGCUACUGCCGGAGACGCUGCUGCUGCUGCUGCCGCGUCUGCUGCCGCAUCUGCUGUGUGCUGUGCUGCCCCAAGUGCCGCUGCAGCAAGUGCUGUGAGAACCUGGAG